AUGGCACAGGAAGACGCAGAGUGGGGGGACCAGUGGGAGGAAGGGGCAAACACCACGUCCGGAGAGGAGUCGUCGUGCACGGAGUCCGAGCCCGAAGAGAGAGAGCCCGAAGUGACGCGUCCUGAGGACCCCAACACAGGCAGCAGAGCAAAGGCCAAGCAGAGCCGCCUCUCCCGGUCCUCGCAGGCUGGGCUGCUCUUCUCCGUCAGCCGCGUGGAAAGGCAGCUGCGCAGAGGCCGCUUUGCCACGCGCUUUGGGGUCACGGCCCCCGUCUACCUGGCUGCGGUGCUGCAGUGUGUCACACGCAAGACCCUGGAGGUGGCUGGCAAGAAUUCCAAGAAGAAAAAGCAGCGGUGCAUUUCUCCAUCGCACUUGCAGGAAGCGAUUCAAAAGACCUCUCUGCCCAAGCAGUUUCUGCGCAUCAGCUUGCCCAGAAGCAGCAGCAGAGCUGUCUCCCGGAGCAAGCGUGCGGCCUCGGCCUCCAAAAGCAAGAGGACGGAGAGUAAGAAGAGACGCCCCAGGAAAAGGGCUGCACCUGCCCGUGCCACUGCUGCUGUUAAGUGA